AUGAGCACCCGCGCUGUCGCAGUACUUCGAAAUGAUCAAGGCGUUCAGGGAACUGUCUACAUCAAUCAGGUACGAUACGAGUUUUUCCUCUUUAUGUAUUUUUUUCAAGUCCUUGAAAAAAAGAAUAGUUCAAGUUUUUAUCAAAAAAACACUUUUAUUUUCAAUAAAAAUAAUAAUAAAACUUUUCCGGCCCGGUCUUUUUCUAGAAUGAAGUUAUAAAUGUUCAGGAAAAAGAGUCUGACCCCGUCGUGAUUAAAGGAGAAAUAAAGGGUUUGACACCAGGCUUUCACGGCUUCCAUGUACACCAAUACGGGGAUUCUACCAAUGGCUGCAUCUCGGCUGGACCUCAUUUCAAUCCUUUCAACAAGACACAUGGUGGACCAAAAGUAUGUCUAUUCUUGUCUUUUCAAGUGUUCAAACUUGAAUAUUCAAGGACGAAACCCGACACGUUGGCGAUUUGGGAAAUGUUGAAGCUGAUGCUAAUGGCGUGGCCAAGUUAGUUCUCAGCAGGAACAUUCUAAAGUUAAAAUCGCGUUCAGAUUCGAAAUCGUCGACAAUUUGGUGAAGAUUCACGGCACGAACUCAGUUGUCGGACGUUCUCUGGUUGUUCACGCAGGAACCGACGAUCAAGGUAUCUUUAAUCAGGAUUUACGGAAUAACCAAUCCUAUAUAAUACACAACAAAAAGUUGUUUUACAUCAAAGCUUUAUUUUCUUUUUACCCAUGCGAAUACAUACCAGACAACGGAAAUGAUUCUUCCACAAACUAUUCAAUUUUGUCGAAAAGUGCCUUGGUACGCGGUCAGCGACGUAACUUCUUCCAUAAUUUCUGCACCUCGUUCCAUAAAAAAAUGGUUAGAUUCACAAAAUGAACACGAUAUAAUGUAAUAUACCCCGCGGUCGAAAACGCCACUUUUCGAACCUUUUCGUCUCGAAAUUUUCAGAGUGUGUAAAUAAGGGAGUGAGUGAUCGAAAAUGUGUUAUUUAGGAAAUUCAUGUGAUGCAAAUUAUGAAAUGAGAUUUAAAAAAAAGUUUACGAUUGCGACUGACUGUGGGCCGAUUUGGCCAUCAUUCUCUGCCCAGCGCACAUCUAUGACUUUAUUAAACGAAAAUCUCACAUUUCUUUUCAGAUUUUUGAAGGUGGAAAGAUCUAAAUAAACGAUUAUUGUAUGAGUUAAUUCACCUCUGCUCAAAGGCGGUCGGUCUUAUUACGGUUUUUUUAGAAAUUUUUUUCAGUAAUAAAAUAUAAAUUCCUGUAAUUAUCGAGACGAGAUUAAGGCGGCGAAAUUUUUACCGCCCUCUGAUUGUAUUCAAAAUGUGUGAACUGUAGAGCUUCCUUGCAGUAAUAAGUUAUUUGUUCAGGAAGAGGAGAAGGUGAUAAGAAGGAGGAGUCUUUGAAGACAGGAAACGCCGGGGCUCGUUUCGCUUGUGGUGUGAUCGCUCUCGCGGCUCCUCAAUGA